CUCCCUCGUAAGCUACGGCAUUGCCAGCGCUCCAGCGCCUGCGCACGUAAUCCUUACGAACCUCGGCCCCAAUCCAGUGGUGCCUCCAGAUUGCCGAACUUGUUGCAGUAUUGUGGGUUUGCGAGAGCAGUUGUUAAUCUGUGUCCCGUAGCUUUGAUUCCUGUGGAAGUGUAGUGAGGAGGGAGAGCUAUGGUGUCCCGCUCUUCGUUCUGCCAGCGUUUCGCUGCUGGAGUGGGAGGAUUACCCACAAGCAUACGCAAUGGGGCAGCACGGGCUGGCGAUGUUGGAAGAGCGCGAGUGCCCGUUGUUGCUGGAAGGGUGCAACUGCGGGAGAAAGGAGUGCUGGUGUGCGGGGAAGAGGUGGGUAGCUUGAAGACCCAAAGCCGGAGGAGAUGGAGAGAAGGAAGCUCUAGCUCUGUGACUGUGUCAACGAAUGCAAUGUCCGCGCAGCUUGAAGAGGAGCCAGCAGCGAAGGGUGAGGCGCGCGUGAUUCUUGAGGUCCAGGGUUUAAGGGCUGUAGUGGCCGACACUCGGCAAGAAAUCCUGAAUGGUGUGGAUCUUGUUAUUCGGGAGGGGGAGGUGCAUGCGAUAAUGGGGAAGAACGGGUCAGGGAAGAGCACACUAUCUAAGGUACUUGUUGGUCAUCCAGACUAUGAAGUGACAGGAGGAACUGCCAUUUUUAAGGGGGAGAACCUCUUUGAUAAAGAACCUGAAGAAAGAAGUCAUUGUGGUCUUUUUCUAAGUUUCCAGUCUCCAGUUGAAAUUCCUGGAGUGAGCAACAUGGAUUUUCUUCGCAUGGCUUGCAAUGCCAGGCGAAAUGCACGAGGGCUUGAGGAGCUUGGUCCACUUGAGUUUUAUGGAUUCGUUGCUGAAAAGCUUACAGCUUUGAACAUGGACCCAAGAUUUUUGGACCGUAAUGUCAACGAGGGCUUCAGUGGAGGUGAAAAGAAGCGAAACGAAAUCUUGCAACUAUCGGUGCUCGAAGCGGACAUGGCUAUUUUGGACGAGAUCGACUCUGGCCUGGACAUUGACGCCCUACGAGAUGUCGCAAAUGCGGUUGUUGGUUUGAAGAAAGAUAACAAUGCCAUUCUUAUGAUCACUCAUUAUCAGCGCCUGUUGGAUUACAUCAUGCCCACCUAUGUGCAUAUCAUGGAGGCUGGACGGAUCGUGAAGACAGGUGAUAUGUCACUAGCAGCGCAACUUGAGGCAGGUGGUUACAACGCCGUGCAGGCUAUGAAAAUGUAGAGUUAGAGACUGCAUGUUGAUGGUACAGCCUACUUUGCUGCAAGGCAUGCACAGGACGUUGCCAAUUUUGAUCUUAUAUUAAACAACAACAGUGUCAUUGAGAAUAACAUAAUCGUUAUGGUGAUGUUUACCCCCAAAUCAUUGAUUGAAAGUUGUUCGUCUUUGACAAGAUGCUGCCUAUAGUUUGUACACUCUCUGAUCUUCAAUAGAUAGAUCAUGUUUCUCUUGAAGUAUUCUAGCAUUUAUUAUGGAUUAUUUUGUAGCAUUUAUUAUGAAUACAUUCUUGUCCAGAGUGCCACUGAUUA